AUGUCUCUAAUAGCGGCCCUCAAAAUGUGGAACUUCCAAUUACUCGGUUUAAUACUACAUCUAGUUUUCAUCUUAAGUCAACUCCCUGUCGGUACAACAACAAAUCUCACCCUGCUCAAUGAUGAAAUUGUCCAACAUCCACACAAUCCCAAUAUUACCAUACUCCAUGAGGUACACGAGGAGGGAUUUUCCACGAAAAAGGAUAAGCCGCCAAAUCCAGAUGUUUUACCCCUGAAGAACUCGAAAAAGAAACCCUAUUUGCCACUGGAAAAACCGACAAAUUCCCAUGAGAAACCCAAGCCCAUUAAGGAGGUCGAUUUACAUCCGGUGGUAUUUGAUUUCAAUUUGGGCGAUUUGGAGGAUCUGGAACAUGAGAAUUUCAAGAAAAAGGAUUUAAGUGCCGAGGAGAAGUUAUUACUCAGAGAUACUGAGGCGGCAAAUGUUCAGGUGGGUCCAACCCUAACCUACAGCGAAGAUGUCAAGAUACCCGAUUCGGAAACUUUGCAAGAUGAUCUAUCCGUCCAGGUGGAUAUUGUCACAACCACAACUACGCCAGAGAAGCAAGUAGGCUCUCUUGAUAUCUCUACAACAACAACACCUGGUACUAGCGCCUCCCCGGAAUAUUCCUCCACAACAAUUGUUAGUCCGCAUAUUUUGAAACUUUUCAAAAUGAAAUCCAACAAAAAAGGCAGAGAGCUUCUAAAGCAUGAUGACCUGCACCCCAAGGGCCAGUUGAAUAACCACAACAGCCUCAAUCAUUAUUUGACACCAGCGGAUACGACUGGGGGCAAUAAUCAGUCUGCGGAAAGUCUGCAAUUGGCCAAUGUCUUCCAGAUCAUAACGAAUCUCUACGAUCACUUCUAUUGGCAGCCAUCGGAUAUUAGAAACAAGGUCUCCACCGGUUGUGGUCUGGAGGUGCAGGCCUACCUCACAGCGCUGCAUGGCAAUUAUCGAUGGGCCCAAGCGGCCUAUGAUGCCUCUGCCCGUUAUCGAGGCCAGCUAUUGUUUGGCAAUGACAAAUGGCUGGGUCAACGACAAUUCUGCUAUGAACUCAAUCGCCAGCUGGAUCCUGAAAAACGCAAACAUUUCGAAUUUGAAUUCUAUGUGGCCCUGAUUGCCUUCAGAUUACAGCUGCCCGAAAAGUUUGUGGCUAAUUUACAAAUUGGUGAGUGUUUGCCGAAAUCCUGUACGGCCCAGGAUGUCCAGCAUUUGUUGGAACUGGAUCCACAUGCCAAUAUGUUGAGCACGCUAAAUCACACACAAAUGGCGAUGGUGAAAAUCAUGAGGGUCAGGACGGUGCCGGGAUUGUAUAGCUAUUGGCGGGAGCUGAAGUUUCAGAUAUUUGCGAGCUUCCUUUUGACCUUGAUUGUCCUGAUAAUAGCCGCCACCUGGUAUCAGUCCCAUUUGAAUGAGCAAUAUCUCAAACAUCCCAAUAUUGCGGUGAUAAGCGGCUCUAAGGUUGACUCGGCAAAUAUGCAGCACAUCUCGCCCUCUUCGGAUAAUGGCAAAUCCUUUGAAUUGUAUCAAAUGUCCUCGUUGAAUGACAAUAAUAACGGAAACCCUUUGGAGGCACCGGCAGCCGGUGAUGUUAAUGGCAAAAAAUCGCCCUAUUCGAAUGGCCAACAGGAUUUAGAUAUUAAUUCCAAUAGAAAUUCGGAGGUAGCAGCAGGUAACACAAAUGGCAGCAAUAAUGGCAGACAUACCCCACAUGACAGUGAAUAUCGCAUAGAGACCACCAGCAAUGCUGGAGCCACGGAAACCUAUGAGGCCAAACAGCAGUUGGGUUUCCAUGAACAGGUCUUAUUGUGUUUUGCAUUUCAAACGAAUGCCACCAGCAUUUUGAAUGUGGAUGAGGCCAAGGAGACCCAAACAUCCUGUGUUCAUGGACUACGCGUCAUAUCCGUUCUAUGGACAAUAAUGGUACAUACAUAUCUGCAAAUAUUCAACAUUGGAGAAAAUCGGUUCACUCGCAUCAUAACCGAACGCACCCUAUGGUAUCAAUUUGUUGGCAAUGCCACUUUCUCGGUGGAUACAUUCUUCUUUAUCAGCGGCUUCUUGGUUACGUUGCUAUAUCUGAAACAAGAACGUAAGGUGCCCGAUCGAACUGGCCAAUUUAUGAAGAAAGGCUUUGUGGACACAUCCAUUGUGAUUAUCUAUCGUUAUAUACGCCUGACGCCCACAUAUUUGUUUGUGAUCUUUUUCAAUGAUUUUGCAACGAGACAAACCUUUGACAAUUCGGUGUUCCAGCCAACCGUGCCACCCAACACUUGUGGCAAAUACUGGUGGCGCAACAUUUUGUUCAUCAACAAUUUCUAUCCGCUGAGUGAGAUUUGCAUGAUUUGGAGUUGGUAUAUGGCAAAUGAUAUGCAGUUCUUCAUUAUGGCCUCCAUACUGCUGAUGUUCUCCACCAGAUAUUCCAAGGCCGUCUUGCUAACUUUGGCCACAUUUUUGGCCUCCUCCUGGGCGGUGUCGGGCAUGAUAUCACUGCGCUACCACUACACCCACAAGGUCUCCAAUCCCUUUGAGUCCUUUGACUUUUUGUAUGACAAACCCUGGCAGAGAGUGGGCCCCUAUAUCAUGGGUAUGUUAACCGGUUAUAUUAUGAGCAAAGUGCGUACAGCACCCAAAGUUUCGGGACGCCUGAAUGCCUUGCUGUGCUCAUUGAGUUUUGGCUUAUUAAUUCUCAUAAUUUGUGGCGUGUGGCAGGGGGAGCUGAGCGAGGUAUCCACGGCAUUUUAUGUUAGCAUAGCUCACACAGGUUUUGGUGCCGCUCUCAUAUGGCUUGUGCUGUCAUGCUGUUGGAAUUUAUCACCCACCCUGAAUCGCAUACUCUCCUAUCGCUGCCUUUGGCCCCUGUCGCGCCUCACCUAUUGUGCCUAUCUCAUACAUCCCGUUAUAAUGCUAAUCACCGGCUAUCAAAUGGAUGGCACCAUUCAUUUGAAUGCCAUUUUUAUAACCGUCAUCUUUUUCGGCAAUGCCGUUGUGUCGUUCAUAGCCGCCUUCUUCAUAUCGGUGGCCUUUGAGGCCCCAGUCAUACGGCUUCUGAAAAUAGUAUUUCAUAAAUAAUAG